GGGUUCAGAUCCAGGUAUCGGGAGGGAAAAGCCACUGGCUCAUCCUUUCCUCUGUGCCCUGAGUCCAGCUGACAGCCUUUUCGCGGUCAUUCUCACGAUGAGACUCUGGGGUGCCUGUGCUUGCCUUUUUCUGAUGCUCUGUAUAUCAGGGUUGCGGUCGGAAGAAGAAAGCGACAAAUCGCAGAAAGUUGUAGAACAUGUGGAAACUGAAAUUCUGGUGGAGCCUGAAACGUGCACAGAGACUUCCGACGUCGGGGACACUCUACACAUUCACUACACGGGAAAGCUAUUAAAUGGGCAGGUUUUUGAUACCUCUUUAUCUCGGGACCCCCUGGUUGUGGAACUGGGAAGAAAGACUGUAAUUCCAGGUCUAGAGCAGGGUUUGCUGGGAGUCUGUGCUGGGCAAAAAUUAAAAGUUACCAUUCCACCUCACAUGGCCUAUGGCAAACGUGGAUUCCCACCCUCAAUUCCAAGUGAUGCGGCGCUGGAGUUUGAAGUGGACGUGGUGACCCUUUCCAAGCAGACACCUUGGCAGCGAGUUGUAAACAACGUUAUACCUUUAGUCUGCUUGGCACUGGUGCCUGGCUUGCUCUGCCUAAUAGGAGUCUACUUGUAUACCAAAUCUAGCACACCCAAGGUAUCGAAAAAGAAGUUAAAGGAAGAGAAAAAGAAGAGUAAAAAGAAAUAAAUUGGUUGUUUUUAA